AUGUCAAAUAUUCAGACCAAGGAUUGCAGAAGAAUACAGUAUUGACUUCUAAAGCACCCAUUUUUCUGAUGAAGCUGGGGAGGAAGAAAUUAAAGCAUUCCCUGCAACCAGUGCAAAGAAUUGUGAUUCCUUUAUAGACUAUUAAAAAAAAACAAAAAACAGCAGAAGAGGUCUAACUUUCUACCAAGGAGCCAUCGCUUCUUCCUGAGGAUUAUUGUAAACUUGCUGAGAAUGUGGUCAUGAAGGCUGGUAAAAAUUUGUUCUGUCGGAUCUUCCUAUGUGGGUGGAUUGCCUAAAAUUCAAGACCCAUAAAGCAAAUGGCCAUGAACACGAGGAAAGGAAUGUAGUCACAUUGAAGAGAUUUUCCUCCCAAGAUACUUCUAUCACAGAUUCCUAAAGAAAGUGACAAAUUAUCAGAACUGUGGGAGAAGUAAUCUCAACAUUUGCAGAAAUCACACCAGGGGGAUUUUCAGGUGCAGGGUACAUUUUCCACUCAGCAAAGUUAAACUGCUGAUUCCCUGCUUGAACAUUCUACCGCUGGCAGAGGUAUCUUUAAGAGUAACAAAACGUCUCUUCCUUGCAAGAAGCUGCAGUGAUAAGGUAUUUAUAGUACAGUACCCCAUAGCUGUUGACUCAAAUACUUUAGACAAGCAAUAACCAGCCAAGCUUCCCAAUUCUUGAGAGACCCAAGUUCCCAGGAGACAGAGUGUGGUGAUGUCAUCAACGGACUUCCUGUACCAAGAUAACUUUACUGAAUACUUUGAGAAUUAUGAAGAAGAUGAACCACCUCAGUCCUAUCUCAGUUAUGCACAAAUUGCUUCUCUUGUGCUACAGAUGGUGGCUUUUCUCUUAGGAGUACCUGGCAAUGCAAUAGUUAUCUGGAUUAUGGGCUUCAGAUGGAAUAAGACAGUUACUUCCAUCUGGUUCCUCAACUUGGCAAUUGCAGACUUAAUAUUUGUCUUGUUCCUGCCCCUUUAUAUUGCAUAUGUCAUCAUGGGCUUCCACUGGCCUUUUGGGAAAUGGUUGUGCAAAGCAAAUUCCUUUAUUGCUUUGCUCAACAUGUAUGCCAGUGUCUUCUUCCUGACAGCAAUCAGCCUUGACCGCUAUGUCCAUCUGAUCCAACCUGCCUUCUCCUAUAAGCAUCGGACCCUCAAGAAUGCCUUGAUCCUGAUUCUACUCAUUUGGAUUUUGGCUACAGUUCUUGGAAGCCCAGCACUGUAUUUCAGAGACACACUUACAUUACCAAAAAAUGUCACCAUAUGCUAUUACAACUUUCACCCACAUGACCUUGAUCUUAUUGUACUCAGGCAUCAUGCACUUACGUGGGUAAGGUUCAUUUGUGGCUAUCUCUUUCCUCUCUUAACUAUGAUUGUUUGUUACUCCCUUCUGAUCAGCCAGGUUAAAAAAAGUGCAAAACUUACCUCCAGCAGGCUCUUCUGGACUAUUCUUGCUGUGGUGUUGGGUUUUUUUAUUUGCUGGACCCCAUAUCACUUAUUUAGCAUUCUGGAACUGUCAGCUCAUCAUAGUGCCUCUUUUCAUGAUUUGCUUCAAGAUGCCAUCCCUCUUUCUGUCGGCUUUGCCUUCAUCAAUAGUUGCCUGAACCCUAUCCUUUAUGUCCUUCUCAGUAAGAAGCUCUCAUCCUGUUUUAGUGUGACAUUCUCAGAGUUGGUCAAACAUACUCUGUGGGAAGUCAGCCAAUCUACAACAGUGAGUGAUCAUGUUCAGAAUUCCAUGAGUCUGCAGUUGAUUGAAGCCCCAGGAGAACAGCCCCUGGAGGAAAGGUCGCGGUGACUACAUCGCUCUUUGUAAGCUACAUUAAAUAUAUCCCCAGAUUAAGAUAUGUCUUGGUACAAAUAUGUACAUGAGCAUGGUAGAUGAGUUUUUUUUACAGGCUCUCUUAAGUAGCUCUACUUUUUGACAGGGCUCUCAGAGCAUAUACAGUAUGCCUCUCUUUAACUCCUGCCUAUUGUGAUGUUGCAGGCACAAGAAUUGCACAAUGACUGCUAACCCAUCAUUUCAAGGUGUUUGGAUGACUCUUACCAGCCAAAUAGUGAUGAACACUGUGUUUAAUGGGACUUGGAUCAAUGUAAGUGUAUGGCUGAAGGCCCCAACAUGUUGCUUGCAGGUGUAAUAACUCAAUGCUUCUGCAGCCUGUCUUUCUCACUGUUCAUCCUUUAGGAGUUAAGAAAGGAGCAAUCUCAGACUGGAAAAGCAAAGAAAUCCUUUCAGUUUCAACUCUGUGAACUUUCAAGGCUGAGAUUAAAAAUGUUUAGAAAGGGAAACACACACAAGAAGGAAAAAAAAGACAUUUUGUAAAAACAUAAGAUUUUGAAGCAGAUUCUGUGUCAUAGUAUUGCCUUAUUUUCAUCAUUCUUCAAAGUAAAAUUGGUAUUGGUGGGGAUCUCAGCGCCGACUAUAGUCUGGUGCUAUAUAUGUAUGAGGAAGUAUUAUUAUAAUUUCUCCUAAAAUGCACUAUUUUACAAUAUUUAUAGUAAUACUCUCUAUCAUACUUCUGGCACAAAUGAAAAUGUACAAUGUAAGCACAAUUUGAUCUCUUUUUGUUACUGCUAUUGCUAGGAUAUGUACAUUUACAUAUAUUAAAGGAGCUUUAUGUUAUUGCUUUCAGGGAGGCACCUGAAUUAGUAAUCUUGCAAACAAAUUAUCUCAAUGAUUAAUACAGCUUGUUAGGUUAUAUACCACUAGAGCUGCACAUAAUGUUAACAUUUUGCAGGGCAGCCUAUGAUUAAAGUGAGAUGUUUAUCCGUGAUGUUUGUGGGCCAUUAAAAGGUUUACACUCACAGAAAUCCACGGAAAUAUUUGUAUUUUCAGAAGGAAGGUGCGUGCUAGCAACUUUUGUAAUAUAGCAGAAGGAAAAUGGUAUUUAUAAAUGAAGGGGGCUUUUAAAGAUCAAAGAGUCAUGCAAUGAAGAUAGUUGUAAUCAUAAGCAAUCAUAAAAUGGCUUACAUGCCACUACCACUCAUGGCUUUCUGACCAGAUUCACAGCACUGUGAAAGUUCUUCAGACUGAGUGCUGACCCCUGUUCACGGGAUAAUUCUUGCCUCUAUUCCACAUCUGCUUAAUCUUCCUUUGGGGAGCAUUUCCAUACUAAUAGUGCUCCCACCAUCCAAAUGUUCCAAUGCAGUUCAAAGCUGUUCUGAAGUCAUGGUCACAACUACAGAGUUCCAAAUGCUGAGAGCCUGCGUGGAACACCGUUAGCCUCCGUCUGAUCAAAGGAGAAUGCAGAGAGGUCAGCCGGUGUUCUGCUACAAGCUACUCCAGAGCCCAGAGCAACAACAUUCCCUCUCUCUUCCUCUCCAUGAAUAAAAGAAAUAAAUUGCUGGUGCCCUCUCUCCCAGCAUGUUUUCAGUACAUGCAUUUGUCUGGCUACAUGCAUUAACAGCCAGCUGUUAUAGUACAAUGGUGAAAGAACAGUAUUUGGCAUUUGGCAACCAGAUAGUUCUCUCAGUGGCUGGAAUAGAGAGCAAGGAGGAGGAGAGAGGAACAGAAUGCUGAAGCCCUACUGAAGGGAGUUGCCUGCAACCCAGAAGCUAGGGGUGAGGUCAGAGGUCCAGGCAAUGAAAAAGUAGAGCGCCCACAAGCUCCACAGAGAGAUAACAUGGCACUCAAUACACCAGCUUUCUCCAAUAAGCUGCCACUGAGCUGUUCCUCUCCUGAACUCAGUCCUUAAAGCUAUAUGAUGCCAAAACGAGUUCCAAAAUGGGAUAAAGCCUUCAUGUGGAAGUGCCCUUUUUUGACCACCCUCCUUAAGGUGAUUGGUAAGCUCUUUGUCACUUGGCUUUAUUGCAGUAAGAAUUAUAGAAUGGGUAUUGAUUACAUCAGGACUUAACUGUUCAGGAUUGUAUCCUUUGUGCCUGGAACCAUAUUUCUAUCCCAUUUGUAGAAAACAACUUUUAUGUGUGUAUUUUUUCCAUAUUCUGUUUCAUGAAGAUGCAUGGUAGAAAAUGCUUAGAACAACAUUUUCUGCAAUAUGUUAAGAUGGAUCAUAGUGUUCACAAAUUAAAAUGACAACAUAGGCAAUAAAUUUUAGAUUAAUUUGUU